UGACGUCAUCGCCGCCCCGCUGCUCCUGCACCGUUAUCUCCGACCCGGGAGCAGCUGAUGAGCGCUGUUAGUUAUAAUAAAGAUAAACGCGGCUGGAGUCUCUGCGCAGGGCGGUGUGUGUGUGACUGUGUGUGUGUGUGUGUGUGUGUGAUUAUCAUCCCCGCAGUGUGAGGAUCAGACCUACAGCUGGAGAGGGACAGUGAGGACGGGGAUGUGUGGCCUGUCCUCUCCUCCAACACCUUCAUCUGCACACAAACACAGAGGAACAUAAACAAACAAACACACAAACAAACAGAACAACAUGUCUGGGAAACAGUUCAAUGUGCAUGAAGUCGGCUGCUGCAUUAAAUACUUCAUCUUCGGAUUUAACAUCAUAUUCUGGCUGCUGGGCGUGGCCUUCCUGUCCGUGGCGCUGUGGGCCUGGAGCGAGAAGGGCGUUCUGUCGAACAUCUCGUCCAUCACAGACCUGGGAGGGUUCGAUCCCGUCUGGUUGUUCCUGGUGGUCGGGACGGUGAUGUUUGUGCUCGGGUUCGCCGGCUGCAUCGGGGCUCUGAGAGAAAACUCCUUCCUGCUCAAGUUUUUCUCCGUGUUUUUGGGAAUCAUCUUCUUCCUGGAGCUGACAGCCGGAGUCCUGGCCUUCGUCUUCAAGGACUGGAUCAAAGAGCAGCUCAAUACCUUCAUCAACAAGAACAUCCGGGCGUACCGAGACGACAUCGACCUGCAGAACCUCAUCGACUUCACACAGGACUACUGGCAGUGCUGCGGUGCGUUCGGACCUGUGGACUGGGACAAGAACAUCUACUUCAACUGCACUGACACCAACCUGAGCCGAGAGAAGUGUGGAGUUCCCUUCUCCUGCUGCACUAAAGACCCUGCUGAGGAUGUAAUAAACACUCAGUGUGGUUACGACAUCCGAGAGAAAGCUGAGUCAGAGCAGAAGACGUCCAUCCACACUAAUGGCUGUGUGCCGCAAUUUGAAAGAUGGCUGCAGGAUAAUCUGACAGUGGUGGCGGGAAUCUUCAUAGGAAUCGCACUACUACAGAUUUUUGGGAUUUGUUUGGCUCAGAACCUGCUGAGUGACAUCGAGGCUGUGAGAGAGAGCUGUUUGUUCACUUGACCUGGUGAAGUCGGCAGUGUCUCAGCGUCCUGUCGAAGAGAAGAGGACUUCUCAAUUUCAUUUUCAUUUCCAAAUCACCUUUAUUCUAGACUUUACCGCAGUUCCUGCUUUCACCACAAGGUGUAGGUGUUGAGUCACUUGUCAUUUGUGUAAAGGUUCAAAAAUAUUGUUUCAUUUUUUUUCUUAAAAUUAUGUAAAAAGAAAUAAUACUAAUUUUAGACACAUUUCAUACUCAACACGACUAACUGCAUUUCUUCGUUAAUUUUGAACCUUACUAACAGCCAGUGGAAGCUUAUGAAGACCGCUAUAGCGUCAUGCUAACAGCACAAAUUACCUCACGCACUCCAUUCAAAAAACAAAGCUGAAAUCUAGGCAGAAUUAACUGGAAACUUUUAUAAUUUACUCUCAUAUUUCGGCAUUGUAAGGGUCAGAAGAUUACGCUAGCAGUUUGACCAACACGUGAGGUAAAAAAAAACAAAAAAAAACUAGCAUGACCGAUUCAGCGAGUUAAUGCUAUUACUUAGCAUUUCAUGCUAGGAAGCUAGAACGACUUACCUUGUAAAUCAGAAAUAUACAUAAAUGGGUUGAUUUCAAAGCACUGCUUUUUUUGUUUUGGGGUUUGUGUGUGUGUGUGUGUGUGUGUGUGUGUGUGUGUGUGUG